UCCAAGACAAGAUUUCGGCUCUUCGAAUCACUCUCUUCCCAAUCUAGACUUUUCCGAAUCGAACGCUUGAUUAAACCUUCGAUCGAAAGAAUUUUCCCUCACGAACAGAUGAACCGAUCUUGAGAACCUUUGCUACGAGAAUUUGGAUAGUUCGAGGAGCACGCGCUUGCGCUGCUGAACAGAGUUGGAAUAUUCAAUAUGGCACCUAUUGAUCUGGCAAUCAAUACUGGGCAAUCCUCCCCACGCCAGAGACGGUCACACAGCAUCUCCAGCGAUCGACCAUCGCUCACAGGAUAUGGCGGAUUACUUUCACCUCCAUCUGCUGUCUCUCCAGAUCCGGCUUUCAUUGCUGCUUCUGCUGCCUCGCAGAUCGUGACCAAUGAUCAUGACAGUCAGGCAGACGCUUGGUUCGACCAGCAUGGGAUCGAGCCUUCUGGAGAGACAGCAUUGGUUUCUCCGCCAGCGCUGAAAUUGGUCAAUCGAUUCCUUGAUCAAUUAUUAUUCAAUUUCUUAUCAGUAUCGCGGUCGACUUCGCUCGCAUCACUCAGACCUGCGGUUGCGGAAGUUUUGAAACCCAAACUCGCCAAGGGUGCCAUCGAUGGUGCGGACCAAGAACUCCAUGAAUAUUUGGGAGGUGGAGAAGAAGAGGAACUUCUUGCAUUUCACAAUGGACUCGAACCGAGUGGGGAUUGGGAUCUGGAGCUGGUGUGGAAGCGUACAAGGCUACGAUGCAUGGUGUACUCGUCGCUCGGAGAUAUGGAGGAAGAAGAUGAAGAUUACUACACGGAGCAAGAGCAACUGGACGGCCCGCCGGGCUCUACCAAUAGGUUUUCGAAUAAUCCAGGAGUCGUCUCGCCAGCCGUUGCUAUUUUCCUCACGUCCAUCUUGGAAUUCAUGGGCGAACAGGUCUUGGUGGUCGCGGGUCAAGCAGCAUACCACAAAUUGAGAACAAGACACGAGAAAGAAGAGCAAGAUGGCACUAGCACUCCUGCAGAUAUCGCGGAACGAGUUGUGGUCGAAGAUACUGAUAUGGAAAAAGUAGCGCUAGACCGGACAUUAGGACGACUUUGGAGAGGGUGGAAGAAACGGAUAAGAUCUCCAACAACUUCGGUUUCCUUAGGACGAACUUUCUCCCGAGAAUCUUUGCAGUCACAGCCCUACACUAGCAGAGCUGCGAGUAUGACUCCAGAGCAAUCAGUUGAUGAGAAUGCUCGACGACCAUCCCUAGCUGCCGUCUUGGCUGAGCACGAACAUGCGGCUACAAUUCCUCUGCCUAUGAACGACAACGAUGUGAGAGAAAUUGAAAUUCCAGGACUAGCGGCUCAAAGUGACGACGAAGACGAAGAAGAUGCCUCUAGUGAGGAUGAAGGCAUUGCCGUACCACCUCGACCAAAGAGUAUGAUUAUCCACCAUGCUCCUUAUGGACUCUUAACCCCAAAUGCCUCACAACCCCAAACACCAACAUUUCUAUCAGUGAAAGGGAGGAAACGCUCAAAUUCGCUACCAUCACCAGCUCCAUCCAUAUAUACGUCCCCGAAACGAGUUAAACCAACAGUCGAGACUACUGAGGAGACCGAAAAUGCUGCUUCUGAAAAGAUCCCAGUCAGUCAAGAAGCCAAGGAUGAAGAAAUGGUCGACGGGAAUACUGCUCCUGCGGAGCUCGAAGAGGAAAAAGCCCUCUCGGAUGAAAGCAAAGAACCAGAGAAGCAUAGCAGUAUGAUUGCUGGAGUUGUCGCCGGAGCCACAGCAAUUGGAGCAGCGGCAGUAGCUGGAAUUGUCGCUGUUGCCCAUGGUCAAGCUCCACAGACGGAUCCAGUAGCGGAUGUUACUGAUGUAGAGGAUGAAUCAGAGGCGGAAGAACCCCAGAUACUGACAUCGUCUCGAGUUUCUCUUCCGCCUGCUGGCCGAAUAAGUCCAGAGGAAAACGACCCCAAGGUGCCUUCGAGGCGGUCAAGCGUCCGGUCCACCAGUGUUCAUUCGCUGCGUCUUAUUGAUGUAGGCCCAGCUCGAAGUCCUGGGAUGUCGAGAGCUGGCUCUGUUGAUGCGGCUGAUUAUGUUGGUGGUCGACCCGUGGUUGUUUCUCGACCAGCCAGCAUCCACUCACCCGUGCUUCCAGAGGGCAUGCAAAUGACACCUCGAGUUGGGAGCCCAAUCUCAAGAGGGCCAACUGCAAGUCCAAUUGCUCGCAAUGGGUCUGCAAUGAGUGCAAGACAUACCCGAAACAGUCUUGGGGAUUCGAUCUCCGAGGUUGAGGAAAGAGAGACUGACGAGUUUAAAUCUUCACCCACAACAGCCGUUCCUUCCGAGCUCGCUUCAGCCAUGCAAGGCGUGGAUAUAGAGACCUCACCCAAUCCCUAUCAAUCAACACAGUUUGCAUCCGAUUCACCUGGUCGAGACAAUACGAAGGGCUCUGCCUUUGUUUUAUCCGCCCCACCUGUCUCUCGCCACCUCAGAGAGAUUUCUCCCACCGAUCUACCUCUACAGUCCACAACUUCAACUCCUUUGCAACCCACCUCUGCCCCGUCCAUCCAUUCAAGAACACACGGCGCUGAGAUCGGAGUUCCUCCACUCACUCCUCUACGUGAAAUGACUGAAGGUACUCAAGACGCCGCUGGUGAUUCAAACUCUGUCGAUCAACACAACAUAGAGAUGACUGCUUUCAAUGCUGCGGCUGCACCUGGCCGUGCUGCUCGCAUUAUUCCAGAUGAUGAGGGAGGUUAUUACACUCCAGGUUUGGCUGAAACCAAUCAGGCACCUUACCAACCACGUCCGUACAUCAAUCCACGAAACCAAGACCCGUGGAAAGCCAAGGCUGCUGCGCAGAAGGCAUUGGAGCAGACUCAACGACCCAUCCACACCUCGGGAUCUGGCUCGUCCUCUGCCUCUAGCAGAUUGAAGGCCUUACGAACAUCGGAAGACAGCACACAAAAAGAGGACAAGGGACAAAGCUUUGAGCAACUCAUCCGCAGUGAUCAGACCAUUCAAUACACCCUCACCCCCCAGAACAUGCGUGAUAUUGAGUCACCUGAUUCUCCUCGCUAUGCUGCACCACCUACUCUUCCAACCGCAGCUGAAGGUCGCCCUACUACUGGUCGAUCUCACUCGUCCUCUGUCAGCAAAUAUACCAACGGUGGCGGAGACGCUGGCAGAUCGGUCAAAUCCCCUUUCAAACCCAUCCCAAGACCCUCAUCCAACACUGGCUCCAGACAGCGACAAAACGCGCCUCAACCACGGGAGGCACGAGCUGAGAGAGAUUCUGUCGGUGACUUUGCCGAAUUCAUCCGAAGCACAGGUCCUACCAAUCUCUAUGGUUCCAAUGCCGAUGUAACCCCUGCUCGAUCAACAUCUGCUGCCCAUCGUGGUAUAAAUGGAACUGCUAGAAACAUGAGCGGCUCAACCAUGCCUACUGCACCUGCUGCAGCCCCUGUUAACCUUCCUCGUCGCUCGGAGUCUUCAGCAGGCCGAGUCCGUCUGCAGGCUCGAGAUGCAGCUGUGCCACGGGGCCACAGCAUUAGUGACUUAAUCGACUUUGUUCGAUCGGGCCCUCAAUUGGACAAGGAAGAUCACCGCAUUCCUCGCACUGUGGCUCCCUUCCGUACCACCAUGGAUUCCGAUCAAAUGUCUGGAGCUGUUGGUGGCAAGGCUAUCGAUGCUUCCCUAGCUGAUGCACGUUACAGUCAAGCAACUGGCUCGGCUGAAGGCUCCAUCACAUCUCAGAUCCCCCUCAUCAAGGCUAGCAACAACGUUAACAAGCCGUUGCCAGUCCAAAACAACUACAACACCUUCGAAGAAGAAGAUCGUAUGCCGAAGCGCAAGACUCGUCGCGUUCGUGACCCAUAUGCCAUCGAUCUCUCUGACGAAGAUGAAGAAGAAUUUGCAGCUGUUUCUAACCCAAAGCCGGCGAAGGAGGAGAGCCUGGCAGACUUUCUCAGGAAUGCUCCUCCACCAGCACCUGAGCCAAGCCCAAUCUUCGAGAAUGUCUCCCGACCUACUUCAAACAAGACCAAGAGCGUUAAGAAGAAGUCUAGCACUCCGAGCUUGAUGUCCCGCUUCGGUCGCAGCAACUCAUCUACCAACGUUGCCCAAAUGAAGUCUACGGAGGCACCACCACCUCUCCCGAAGGCCCCUUUGUACACUCCUAUCGCCGCCAAGUACAGCACCACCUAUGGCAAGACUCCCACCGCUGAUACCGUUUCCAAUGGAGACAGCAGCUAUGCUAGACAGGUCGACACUGCUCGUGGCAAGGUCGUUCAAAAGCGCUAUGAACCCCGCGCAGCCUCUUACAGCCAAGCACCCCGCACCAAUGAGCUUGCCGACUUCUUCAUGCGCAGUGAUCCACCUUCUGCACUAUCAACUCAACCUCAAACCUUCGCUCCUACUCUUCAAAAGGAGGAGAGGGGUUCCUUGCAACGCAUGUUCGGCCGCAAGAAGAUUCAAAACUGAACUCUUUCCACUCUCCUCACUUUCGCCCUUUCGCUUUCUAUCUGCUCAUACUUCAUGGCGUUACUGAAAAUGGGAGGCUCUAUGAUCAACUUUGCUCAUGCUUUGCUUUUACAUACUACCACGCCGCUUUGAACCGCACAAACUUCAUUCGACUCGAAACUGGCCAUACCUCUUCGCGCUGUACACAACAAGUCAUUAGACGCGUUCUUUCCAGCAACACGACUUUUGUUCGACUAUAUUUCUUUCGCAGGCAUUUUCUCUUGCUUGAUCGAUUGUGCAAAUAGAUACCAACGUUCUUCACGGUUUACGACCCCCUUUGCACAUUACAACUUGUGUUUCUAUUUCUUCUUCUCUUUCACUUUGCGACUAUCUCCUCGUUCUCACUUUGGGAU